CCCACAAACCAAAAGCAUGAUUAUUAUUACGACAGCUUUAUACCAACACCAUCAUUCUUAUCUUGCUUAACUAUAGGUGCUCCUAAGAUAGUCGCACCGUAUCCAGAUAAUCUGUACGCUAUUGAAAAGGAAAAGGCAAAAGUUACCUGCGUAGUCGAAGACACAGUUUCCAAUCCAGAUGAGAUAGUAUUUGUGAGCAAGAGUCGUUUUGGUGACGUUAAACCCAUAAGAGAUGAAGGACCUGAUGGACGCAUCUAUUAUCAAAAUGAAACCUUGGAUGGCGGAAGAAAGCUACGUGUGACUCUGCAUUUCAAUGAAGUCAUAAUGAAUGAUGUUUCAAGAUAUGGCGGUUAUGAAUGCCAAGGACACACAGGAGGUAGUCAACAUGAAUAUGGAUUCACUGUCACUGUUAUUGAGAGAAGCGAGAUCCCUGAAGUUCACGCCUCUGGUAAUGUAACAGCAAAGUUUGGGGAGCGAAUUCAACUCAGCUGUAAUGUCACCGUUGCUAACAAAGGCCCGUUAAUGACAACCAUCGGCAAGUUUACCUGGGCAAAAGAUGGAAGGGUUGUAAUCGCAAGUUAUUGUCCCCAUUUCUCAUCAAUUAAACCUUUGGUUUUGAACGUAAGCCUAGCUGAUGUGGGUGGUACAUAUUCUUGUUACUUGGAGUACCUGCUGAGAGGAAUUAGAAAGAGAAAUAUCACGAAAACUAUUAUCGUAAGAGAUAACUCAUCCAAAGGAAAGUACGUUUUUUCUAACAUGGAUGGCUUCAAGGAUCACACCUUGACCAUCYAUGACGUACAACCUAAAGACGCCGGCCAGUAUUAUUGCUGCAUCAAGAACAUCACAAGUCCCAGACCCCCCGAAGAUAUUAGURACUGUCAGAUCUUUGAAGUCCAACCCCAACCCCUACUCCAAACCCAGCYCCCAUCCYCACYCACUACCCCACCUCCAGGUUCUGUAGUUGGCAAAGCAAGUCUCACGUUUUCCAUCAUUCUCCUCGAGCUGCUGCUGAAUUGGUUGCUGUAAUGAUCACGUGACUACUCCACCAGGUCACGUGAGGGCUGAGGAUGGAAGUGUAUCCAUCAUUUGACCAAAGCCUUCCUUGUCAAUAAGAUAAAGUGCACUCUUAUUCUUAGUGCUGAAUGGUAUUGAAUGCCUUCAUUGUACUAGGGUAGAAUG